UCCAAGUAACAUUUCCGACACCCCCUGAAGAUAUACCGGAAAUGGGCGUGUCUCUCUUCACCAACAUGUCGGCAUAGAAGUUUUUAUUAAAACUUUACUGUCUCUAUUCAAUACAUGUAGCCGUGCAGCUGUUCGCAGUAGAAGGAACAUGGUGUGUGAGCGCAGCGGAGACUUCGCGAGGCCUUUCCGGGAUAGUUUAAUCAUUAACGCGGUAGUUGUGCUGGUCGUAAUCAGCACAACGGGGCCGGUGUCUGCCCGGGAAGGAGUCCGCGCAGAGAGAUGCCUCCUCUGGGGUCCGGGGCUGACGCGCGACGCGGUUCUCCCGGUCCGCUACUUCUUUAUUCAGGCAGUCGGUUCCAACGGAGAAAACCUGACUGUGUCUCCAGGUAAAGACACAUUUCAAGUGAAGAUAAGUCCGCGGGACAAGCACGAGCACUUCCGUCUCCACGCCCCGCCUCCCCUGGACCGAGGGGACGGGUCCUUCCUGGUGCGGUACCGGCUCUACAGCACGGUGCUGGACGGCCUCACGGUGGAAGUCUUCCAUCGGGACGCUGCUGUGGCCAAGUCGCCCUACACCAUCCCAGGUCCGGUCUAUCACGAAUACUGCGACUGCCCGGAGCCCGAGGCCUCCGUGUGGAGGAGCGCCAUGCGGUGUCCCGCCCAGGAGCCUCAGGUCUCGGCGGACUUCAAAGCGUUCCCGACGGUCGACCUGCAGCGGCUCAGACAGGAAGUGCCGCGCAGGUUCGCCAACCGAGGAGGCCUCGUCCACUACGCCAUCAUCGACAACCGGCUGCACCGCCGCACGCUGGGGAAGUACACCGACUUCAAGAUGUUCUCUGAUGAGAUGCUGCUCUCGCUCACCAGGAAGGUGAGGGUGCCCGAUGUGGAGUUCUUCAUCAACGUGGGCGACUGGCCGCUGGAGACCAGGAGGGCGGACGCCGUGCCCGUCCUGUCGUGGUGCGGCUCUGUCGAGACGCGGGACAUCGUCCUCCCCACCUACGAGGUCACACACUCCACCCUGGAGGCCAUGAGAGGCGUCACCAAUGACCUGCUGUCCAUCCAGGGAAACACAGGGCCUCCGUGGAUUAACAAAACGGACCAGGCGUUUUUCCGCGGCCGGGACAGCCGGGAGGAGCGCCUCCACCUGGCGGCUCUGUCCAAGCAGAGCCCCGAGCUGCUGGACGCCGGCAUCACGGGCUGGUUCUUCUUCAGGGACCGCGAGAAACACGUCGGCAAGGCGCCGCUCGUCGGCUUCUUUGACUUCUUCAAGUACAAGUACCAGGUGAACGUGGACGGGACGGUGGCCGCCUACCGGUUCCCGUACCUGAUGCUGGGGAACAGUCUGGUUCUGAAGCAGGACUCUCAGUACUACGAGUAUUUCUACGGCCACCUCCAAGCCGGCACGCAUUACGUCCCCGUCCAGAGGAACCUGACGGACCUUCUGGACAACAUCCGCUGGGCCCGGGAGAACGACGCGGCGGCGCGGGCCAUCGCCAGAGCGGGCCAGGCGGCGGCCCGCGAGCUGCUGCAGCCCGGCCGGCUGUACUGCUACUACCACGCCGUGCUGCGCGCCUACGCCGAGCGGCAGGCGGGGCGGCCCGCGCGCCACGCCCACAUGGAGGCGGUGCCUCAGCCCGACGACCAAUCGGCCGCGUGCGCGUGCGAGCGGAAAACCCACGAAGAAGAAGAACCCGACGUGAAGGACGAACUAUGAUGCGCUCGUCCGUCUCGACUUAUUCCCCGCCGUGUAAAGAGAGAGAGAGAGAGAGCGCUGCUGGGCGCUCCUGACCGGCACCAGAACAUGUGAACGUCGUGUUUACGAUUCGUGGGACAAUUCUGCUUUGUGCCUUUUUGGUUUUUAGUUUGGACGGGACGAUUGAGGAGUCAUCUGAAGAGAUGCUGAGUGUCGACCCGCCUGAGACUCGUCUUGCUGUCCUGAACGAGUCUUCUGCCUGCCGUGUUUCUACAGGAGCCCAGAGCGGACAAACGAGGCGCUGCCGGGG